UAUCACUCAAUUUUUUUAUAAAAUGACUUCAAAAAUAACUUGAGAUCCUAAUCUCUUUAACCAGAUCCAGGCACAACUUCUUCCUUUGUUGCACAAACGCAAGAAGAUUGCUCUAAGAGAGACAGGAAAGCAGAGAUUAUAUGGAAAUACUCCAAAGAAUGCAGAUAAACUCUCCAGAACUGUUUGUCAAGAGAACACUAAUGAGAUUAUCAAAAGAUUUUCCAAGAUGAAUACGAAGAACUCUAAGUACUACUUGGUCAAGGUGAACGAAAGUAUUUACUCAAAUUUUAAGUCUCCAGUCAGAAGACCUAAAUGACUCUCCCCAUUGGAAGGUAGGACUUCAAAGAAGCUAAGGGCUCAUCGUAGCCCUGUUACUCAGAGGACUUAUGGUAUUAUAUUAAAUGUGAAAAGCAGGAUAACCAGUCCUAAAAAGAUUCCUGAAAUAGUAUCAUCAGAACGAACUAUUAUCAGUGAAAAAGUUGGUAAAAUCUCUAAUGAAUGUACCUCAAGUAAGCCCAUCCAAGAUAAUUUCGCCAAGAAAAUUCUCAGAAAUAUGAAUUAUUCUAGAAGGAAGAAGGAGUUCGCCAUUAAGCCACUCCUAACAACCCAGGAUGAAAACCGUCAGAAAUUAUUACAGAAGGCAUUUAAAGCACGUCAAAAAUUAAAUUCUCUCAGAAAGCCAAGAGUCAAGUUGUCAGCAAUGAAGACUAUCACUGAGGAAAGUGUUAACUGAGAUGCGUCUUCCAAGAUGAUUCUGUAGACCUGUUUGACCAAUGAAGAGGACUAGGACUUAGGUUAAGGCCUUAAUCUCCAUAUUUCAUCAUAUUUAUCACCUGUAUUUUC